AUGUUUGGCGUCUCCAACUCGCUGCUGGCCUUUAGUGCCGCUGUGGCGGCCCUGGUGUUUGGCGUCUUCAAGCUCGUGCGCGCGCGCCUGUUUUUCAGACAUCUCCCUCAACCGCCAGGCCACUCGCUCCUGUUCGGCCACAUUGGCGUCUUUCAGGACGUCAUGGCGCGGUUCCCGGCCAACACGCACCCGCAGCACUUUUACACGUACAUGUCGCACAAGUUUGCGCUGCCGGGCAUCUUCUACAUAGACACGUGGCCCUUUAUGGAGCCGCAGAUGGUCAUCACGGACCCGGACGCCGCGAUGCAGGUGCUCUCGGUGAGCUCGUACCCCAAGCACCCGACCAUUGAGAACUUUCUGCGCCCCUUCACCGGCAAGGACAGCAUCGCGGCGUCCAACGGCGAGCGCUGGAAGGCGAACCACCGCAUGGUCGGCUCGGGCUUCACGCCGACGUACGUCAAGCCCAUGCUCGGCAUGAUUGCCGAGCAGGUGCUCGUCUUCCACGCGCGGCUGCGCGCCCUGGCCCGUGACGACGCCGCCUUUUCGAUGGAGGAGGAGAGCGCCAAGAUGGUCUUUGACGUUGUCGGCAAAAUUGUCUUUGGGUACUCGCUUGAGGCGCAGCGGGAGGGGUCGCCGUUGCUGCACGACCUGCGCGGGUCCAUCAGCCCGGCGACGACGGUGCUCGGCAGCUGGAACCCGCUCGCGAGGCGGCGCGCGCGGGCCGAGCUCGAGGCGCUGAGGAGGCGGGUGCACGAUACGCUCGCCGCGUCCAUGACGGAGAGGCACCAGACGUUCUUGGACGAAAAGGCGCUGCCUUCGAGGCGCCAGGCGAGGAGCAUCAUGGAUCGCAUUGUUUUGGACCGCAUCCAGGCGUCGCCGGGUGUGCCUCUUGACGAGAGGUUCUUCGAGGACGCCGUUACCAACCUGAAAGCACUGCUGCUCGGCGGCCACGGCACAACGACCGACACGUUCACCUUUGCAGCGAUGCUCCUGAGCGUGCACCCCGAAGCCAUGGCGCGUCUGCGCAGGGAGCACGACGAGGUGUUCGCGCCGGGCCUCGACGCGACGGUCGCGCUGAUCGAAGAGGACCCCAAGCGGACCAACAGGCUCGAGUACACCAACGCCAUCAUCAAGGAGACGCUGCGCUUCUUCCCCAUCGGCUUCACCAUCCGCGCGGCGCCGCCGGGCACGACGUCGCUCUCGUGGCAGGGGCGCGCGUACCCCGUCGAGAGUGUCAUGGUCGUGCCGUGCGCGCACACGUCGCACAUGGACGCCUCGCUCUGGGGCGAUCCCAAGGUCUUCCGCCCGGAGCGCUUCCUCGGCGAGGAGGGGGCGGCGACGCACCGGUAUGCGUGGCGGGCGUUCGAGAGGGGGCCGCGCGCGUGUAUUGCGCAGGAUCUGGCCAUGGAUGAGCUGCGGGUCAUGCUGCUGCUGACGGCGCGGUGGUUUGACUUUGAGACCGUGGUCGAAGGCACGAGUGAGAGGGUGAUGUACAUGGAUCUCGACAAGCUAGUGGGCGAUCUGGCGUUCCAGGAGAUUGGCAUGGAGGCGCGGCCUAGGUCUAGCAUGAGGAUGAGAGUGAAGCUCCGGGAACCGGCUUCAUCUCAGGAGUAG